GCCCGGCACGGCCCGAAGUCGCGCGACCGCUGGGCUCCGUGUCCCUCCGCGCAGGCGGGCGGCCUCGGAGAGCUAGUGCGUGCCAAGGCGGCCGCGGCGGCGCCCCCCUCAUCAUGAACAGGAGCUUCUCCCGGAAGAGCCACACGUUCCUGCCCAAGAUCUUCUUCCGCAAAAUGUCCUCCUCAGGGGCCAAGGACAAGCCUGAGCUGCAGUUUCCUUUCCUGCAGGAUGAGGAGACCGUGGCCACGCUGCAGGAGUGUAAGACCCUCUUCAUCCUGCGCGGCCUGCCCGGGAGCGGCAAGUCCACCCUGGCGCGGGUCAUCGUGGACAGGUACCGGGACGGCACCAAGAUGGUGUCUGCCGACGCCUACAAGAUUACCCCCGGGGGCCGAGGAGACUUCUCUGAGGAGUACAAGCGGCUGGACGAGGACCUGGCCGCCUACUGCCGCCGGGACGUGCGCAUCCUGGUGCUGGAUGACACCAACCACGAGCGGGAGCGGCUGGAGCAGCUCUUUGAAUUGGCCGACCAGUACCAGUACCAGGUGGUGCUGGUGGAGCCCAAGACGGCGUGGCGGCUGGACUGCGCCCAGCUCAAGGAGAAGAACCAGUGGCAGCUGUCGGCCGACGAGCUCAAGAAGCUGAAGCCGGCGCUGGAGAAGGACUUCCUGCCGCUCUACUUCGGCUGGUUCCUGACCAAGAAGAGUUCCGAGAGCCUCCGCAAAGCCGGCCAGGCCUUCCUGGAGGAGCUGAGCAACCACAAGGCCUUCAAGAAGGAGCUGCGACACUUCGUCUCUGGGGAUGAGCCCAGGGAGAAGAUCGAACUGGUCACCUACUUUGGGAAGAGACCCCCAGGCGUGCUGCACUGCACAACCAAGUUCUGUGACUACGGGAAGGCUGCGGGGGCAGACGAGUAUGCCCAGCAGGAUGUGGUGAAGAAGUCUUACUGCAAGGCCUUCACGCUGACUGUCACCGCCCUCUUUGUGACGCCCAAGACUACGGGAGCCCGGGUGGAGCUGAGCGAGCAGGAGCUGCCGUUGUGGCCAAAUGACGUGGACAAGAUGUCCCCCUCCGACAGCCUGCCCCGGGGGAGCCGGGCUCACAUCACCCUUGGCUGCGCGGGUGACGUGGAGCCCGUGCAGACGGGCAUUGACCUCCUGGAGAUUGUGCGGCAGGAGAAGGGGGGCAGCCGAGGCGAGGAGGUGGGUGAGCUCAGCCGGGGCAAACUCUACUCCUUGGGCAAUGGGCGUUGGCUGCUGAGCCUGGCCAAGAAGCUGGAGGUCAGGGCCAUCUUCACGGGAUACUACGGGAAGGGCAAACCUGUGCCCACACACGGCAGCCGCAAGGGGGGCGCCUUGCAGUCCUGCACCAUCAUCUGAGUGUUCUUGCCACUGUCAGCCCCCCACUCCUAGGAAGGGAAAGGCGGGGGAGAGGGAAGCAUGCCUUCUGCCUGAUCUUUAAGGUGUUUUUUUUUUUUUUUUUACUCAGAGUUAACCUUUCUGUAACUUUUUAAAACCUUGUAACUUUUCCUGCCCUCCCUUGUCCCCUCUAACACCCAAGCUUUCACCACAAGAUGGGGUGUGGGGAGCGCUGUUCAGGAACCCAGAGCAAAGCCGUAGC